ACUUCAAGUGUAAGGGUGACAUGCUUCCGACUCACACUUUUGCAUUCAAGUCCUUCACCUUCACCUCAUAUACUGCCGCCAUUAGAAGGGACUUAUUCCGCACAUAUAUGACACGCGUUCCUAGUAACAAAUCUGACUCACCACCGACAAACUUACCACAAUAACUCUCUGAAUCGUCCACCUUCAACCAAAUCCGUUGAGCAAACACCAACAACAAUACACAACAAGAUGCUCGCAUUUGUGCUUUGGAUUGUCAUUCUUGCUCUAGCUUUGCCGCAAAGCAAUGCCGCUACAGUGACCCAAAGCGCCUCAACGCCGACACAGCUCAAGAAGACACCCGGUUUCUGGCACGGUUUCCUCAAUCUUCCUUCUCUUAGGCCCAAACCAUCAACUAUAGACCUUCCGCAUCUGUCUAGCAUUCUGAUUCCUGGUCUAACGCCCAUGCCCAUGCCUACAAGGACUUCGUCAGGCAGGGUCGUUUGGAUCACAACAACGCCAGGCGGCGGGGUGACAACAGUCACUUCAGUCAUAACGAGUGUAGUGAUGGCCUCACUGCCGCCCACCACUGUCACUACAUGGGUACAACCAAGCAACGCUGCGAAGCGUGAAGAACAGCUUCCAGGGGAGGUGAACGAGGACUCGUCCUUCACCCUUGCUAUUACAAAUCUACCUGAGGCAGUCCUGAAGCGAGAAGACAACACGGAAGACAAAAAGGACGACACAUCACUCUCGCCCAACACCAAGGAAGCCACCACCCUCCUCCGCCACAGAGACAACCUCUCAACCCCCAGACUUACCAGACGCACAACAAAGGUGUAACUUGUAUACAAAUUGGGACUGCAACAUGACGAAUCAUGUACACAUGGCGGUUAGAUGGCCAGGGCUGAACGAUCUCAAGGGCUCGAUUAUGGAAACUGAAGAUGAAAUUCUGAGUUAGGACUGCCGGAUUUACUUUCUCGACGACGAGUAAGAUGAGGAUAGGCAUUACAUCCAAUAAGUUUCUCCUCCUUGGGUUUUGGCUGCACAUGCUUUCGGAGUAAAU